AUGGCUGCCUCAGAAUACGACGAAGAGAAUGAAAUUCGCGAAGCUGAUGUCGCUAACCAGUCAGCAAUGGCUUUCUGCGCCGAUUUCCUCCUCAUCCUUCUCACCGUCUUCUUCCCCCCCGCUGGCGUCUUCAUAAUAGGAGGCUGCUCCGUCGACCUCCUCAUCAACAUCGCCCUCACCGCCCUCGGCUACUUCCCCGGCCACAUCCACGCCUUCUAUCUCGAAUACAUCUACAUGAAGCGUCGUGAUUCAGGCCUCAUCGAUGAGCCCGCCCCUGGUGUCUACUCUGACACCAUCAACACCGGUGGUCGUAAUGGCUACGGUGCCGUCAUUGUCGAAGAGAGAGUAUACACUACCGUUUAA